CCCAUUCGCAGUCGAACUCCGUUUGCUCUGUUGAAAAAGUGAAGCAGCGGGAACCGGAACCAGUCCCUAUUUCACCCUCGACUUCAACUUCACCACGUGAUUUCAGUUUUUGGAUAAAUUCCACUAAUAAUCCGUUCAGAGGUAGUUUUGUUAUGCGCGGUUAUUAGUCAGGAGCAUGUAUACUUCAGCGGCGAUCAUCGCCGAAAACUGUGUUGAAAAAGGCCUCGGAUUGAAAUAUCAACUUUACAACAGAGAAUAUCUGAAGGAUAAGCAGAAUGUUGCAAGUGUCUCAUUUUUGGUACAGAACUGUUUAAAACGGAAAGCAGAAAUUGAUGAUUUAAUCAAGAACACAGGUCUUUUUCAAAUGUUAACUAAAAAUGAUAUUUGGCUUGCACGAAUCUUGGUAGUAGAGCUUGUUUUGGGUCGGAAGUCAUUUAAAUGUACCGACAAAAUCUCAAAAAUUGUUUACAAAUAUAAAAAACGACUAAGAGAACUUGGCUCAGGGAUGAAAGUGGAAAACAAAGCCAUACCUCGCUAUGUACGAAUAAAUUUGCUCAAGACUAAUUUAGAACCAGCUUUGUCUCAACUUAAAGAAAAGGGUUUUUUACAAUUAGAAACUCCUAAAGAAUUAAACGGAUUUUAUGAAAAACUAAAGAACUUGAAAGAAAAGGAGUUUAUGUUGGAUUUUCACGUACCAGCACUUCUGGUUUUCCAUCCCAAAACGAAGUUUUUUAAUUUUGAAUGGGUUUUGAAUGGAUCAUUUAUAUUACAAGACAAGUCGAGUUGUAUGGUUUCUCCUCUUCUCUCGCCGCACCCUGGAUCUCUGACCCUUGAUAUGUGUGCUGCACCUGGAUAUAAAACAUUACAUUUAGCCACAUAUUUACAAAAUGUGGGGGAUAUUAUUUGUGUUGAUCGGUCUAAAGAUAGAUUUGCCAAUCUAUUGAAAUUGAAAAAGGCUUUAGAUUUAACCAACGUUCAUUGCUUCAACCAAGACGCAUUCGACGAUAAUUUUGGCAGCUUUAACAAAAAUGAUAUAAGUUACAUUAUUCUCGAUCCUCCUUGUUCAGGUUCAGGUAUUGUGAAAAAUUACGAUUACGAAGAAAGCCCUACCAACAAUUCGAAGCGCCUAAAUUCAUUACACAACCUUCAAAGUAAAUUGUUAAGACGUGCUUUGACUGAUUUUCCAAGUGCAAGGAGGGUUGUGUACUCCACCUGUUCUCUCACAGUGGAAGAGGAUGAAGAAGUGAUUGAAGAAUUUAUACAACCUCCAAACGGCUUUACUCUCGUAAACUUGAGCUCAUUUUACUAUGGCGUUUCAACCGGUGAUCCAAAAUACAAGUGUGGAACAUUUUGCAUUAAAAUGCGUCCCGACAGAGAAUUAACGAACGGCUUUUUUAUCGCCAUGUUCGAGAGAAUCAACCCAAAAGAGUCAGUAUCUCCGAAGAGAAAUAUUCAUGAUUCUCAUGAAAUUAUUAGCAUUGGAACUGAUGAAAACAAUCCUGGUUCAUUUAAAAAGGCCAAAAUAGAUUACAAGGACGCAAAUAAAAAGGAAACAUUAGAUUCUCAGAAUGAAAGUUCAGGGGAAGACUUUAAACACAAUGGCACUGAAGGUGAAAGAGAAUCACGAGAUGAUGUCAGUAAUGAAAGUGAAGAGGAAGUAGAAAAUGACACAGACAGUACAGGAAGUAAAAGUGAUAACCAAGGAGAUAAUAAUGACAAAAAUGAUACUUGUGAAAACAUCAAAAAUUCAACUUCAAGUCCACAAAAAUAUAAUAUGUCAAAAGGUGGACAGCCCGAAGUAAGUUCUAACGGUGAUGCUGGGACAAGUGGUGGAACCAAUGGAUUCCACCAGACAGGCGAAGAAAAAAGAAGACCAGGCCAAUUCGUUCGCAAACGAAAGUAUUUCAAAGGUUUUAAAUCAUUUUAACCAUUAAUCGUGCAAAUGCGCACAACUGGUGAAAUAAACCAAUAAGAAUUUCUACCCAAUUAGUUACUUUUUUUUAUUUCUACUAUUUUGUUUUAUUCUUGCAUCAGCAUAUAAGUUUGUCUGAAAAACCGGUUGAAAUUGGUUUUUAAAAUAUGUAGACUAUUUUUGUGAUAAAAUAUUUUUAUAUUUGUUGAUGUUUUUUCUUAUGGAAAGGAUUCUAUAUUGUGAUGUACAUUUUUGGUUUUAUUUACAUAUAUGAUGCCAAAAACAAACUUAUUUCUUUAAUUUGCGAGGUUAGCGUAAAAUAGCAUACAUAUUAAAAAUAAAAUGGUAAAUCAGAAGUUUCACUGAUAUGUAGAAAUCCUCGUGUUAAAAUGUUACCAAUAACUUAGCAUUUUAUAUAUUUAAAUAUAAAUAAUUUCAGCAUGUUUUCUAAAUUGAAACUUUUUGUACAACCAAAAUAUUUUAAAUAAUAUAGUAUUCUUUCAUAUAUGCAAACACAUUUACUUUAGUUUAUAUUUUGGAUUGAACCUCCAAAGAAUUUGUUCAUUGUUUUUGUUUACAUUUGAAUUUAAAUAUGAUUAAAAAAAUUUAGUGGGCUUGUUUUUUGACUUUGUUUUUUAAAUACUUGAAAACAACUGGCUGUUGUCUUUAUGAAGGAAAAGGCCCAACGUUUACUGUUUUGGUUAGAGUUAAAAUAAAGUUUUUUUUAUGCAA